UGAUCAGUGUCUAAAAUUUCUAAGAUGCUUUGAUGCCUUGGGGGCUCCAGUCCGCCGCUCGUCGCCUGUAAAAUCUCAUCUAAGCUUGAUCGCGCAAUAACCCCAGCCCCAUAUGAGACAACUCUACAACGCUUCGAACCCGGUUCCUGUACACUCACGACAGCCCGAGAACCGGAUUAGUCAUGCUGUCACCGACCAAAGCUAUCCAAAUACAACAUACCUCCUUAGUUUCGGGCACACUACUCAGUUACAACAUGGAGGUAGGCAAGCAAGUACCGAUUCAGACAGUGGACUUUCCUUUGUCGCUCCUUAUAAUCCAAACUGCAUCUCUGACGCUUUUCCCCAUACUGAAUCUCUCGCCCUCGCCUAUCCUCUUUCUCUACCUUGCCCGACUUCUUUGUCGUCAUUCAUAACCCUCAUCCUAGUGAUUCUUUGGUGACUCGUACUCGUGCUACCCACAUAUUAAUAUUUGGAGUUUUGCCUUCGCUGCGAACUCCUCUAAAACCUAAGUUCCCACGAGAUUUGGGUAAAAGAAAAUCCAUCACAUCAAACCUACUCCCCUUCCAGCAAAAAUGGAAUCAUCUUCGAGUUCACCUAACUCUUAUUCCCCUCACCUCAUACCCAAAGAUCAUCCGUCCGGUGCCGAUACAGAAUCCGGAUAUGCUUCAGCAACAUCAUCAACAGCAGGAUCCUCGAGUAACCUGCCUCAGGUGACACUCACCCGACCCCAUAUCAAGUACCUCAACGAGCAACUAGAAAAGAUGGACGCAAUGGGUAGGCUUCGUUUCGUCAAGAUUUGCUUUCCCAAUUUAUAUCAAUCCACCGCCUUUGGCUUGACCGGCCUAGUAUCCACGGAUAUGCUUUCCAAGAUUGAGAAGGAAUCCCCGCAUUCCGCACCUGUCGACCUCAUUUUUCUCGAUACUCUUUACCACUUCCAGGAGACCUACGAUCUCGUUGACCGCGUUAAAGAGAGAUACCCGAAUGUCCGUGUCCAUACGUACAAACCGCACAAGGUUAACACUGCUGCCGAGUUUGAAGCGCGGUAUGGCGUCAAACUAUACGAGACUUCGGCUGAGAUGUACGACUGGACUGCUAAGGUCGAACCCCAACAAAGGGCUUACUCCGAACUGAGCGUGGCCGCUGUGCUCACGGGCCGGAGACGCUCCCAAGGGGGUGAGCGUGACAAGAUUGGUGUCCUAGAGGUAGAUGAGGAAACAGGGAUUGUAAAGAUUAACCCCCUUGUGGACUGGUCAUUCACUCAAGUUAAGGAAUACAUCACGAAGAAUGACGUGCCAUACAAUGAGCUACUCGACAGAGGGUACAAAUCCGUCGGGGAUUGGCAUUCGACGUCGCCAGUCUCAGCAGGUGAAGAUGAGAGAGCCGGUCGAUGGAAAGGCCAGGCCAAGUCGGAGUGUGGUAUCCACAACAAAAAGUCGCGAUAUGCGCAAUACCUCCAAGAUCUUCAACGAAAAGCCGAAGAGGAACAACUUACUGCGGCGCUCGAGAAGGUAGAGAGGGAGCAAAAUAGCGAGGUUUCCGCAUAGAAGUUAAGUCCC